ACUCUUAAAUCUAGGUCUUGACCGUGAGGCCAACAUAAUCAAACAUUUGUCCUUUAAUUGACAAAACAGUCCUGCAGAAGCUUCUUUCAAAGAUGAAAAGUCACCCAAAACCAGCUGUGUCUCACAUUUCCCAUAAAAACUUUUCAAGCCAUCAACUUGCUUGUUCUUGGGAGUUUCUUCAAGAGUUUCUUGAGCUGUUUGUUUCAGAGCCCCACACAGAGGAAAUAUGGGCAAGAAACUGGAUGCUCUGCUCAGAAGAAACCCAAAACCUCCCAAGAUAAAGACACUUGCUAACCUCACCAUCGCUAGGAUUGCCAUACUCAAGAACCAGCGCCAAGUCCGCUGUUCUCAUGCCCGGUCUGAUGUAGUCCAGCUACUCAACCUCGGGCACCAAGACCGUGCCCUCCUCCGUGUUGAGCAUGUGAUCAGGGAGCGGUGUAUGCUGGAUGUGUUUGUUAUGAUAGAGAACUACUGCCAUCUCCUGAUAGAUGGAGCCCAGCUUUUUCAGAACAACAGGGACUGUCCAGAGGAGCUAAAUGAAGCCGUAUCGAGCUUGAUCUUUGCAGCUUCAAGAUGCGGAGAACUCCCAGAGCUCCAAGAAAUUCGAGGAAUUUUCACCUCAAGAUAUGGAAAAGAAUUUGUUGCUCGUGCUGUUGAAUUAAGGAACAACUGUAGAGUAAAUCUCAAGAUGGUAAAGAAGCUUUCAACAACACAAGCAAGCUUGGAAAGCAGACAAAACAUACUGAAGCAAAUAGCUUCUGACAAUGGGAUCACUCUCCGGCUCUACGAAGAUGAUCAUACCACUGCAGAGGAGGAACAAGACAUGAAUCAACUAGAAAAACAGCUUAAGCCUACUGAAGCUUGUAACAAUGAUCCUGCACUUGGUGUAGAAGUACCUGAUUUUCUUGAAUCGAUCACAGAGGAUGAGAAAUUCACUGAAUCAAUGAAAGGCAGGAAGAAGUAUAAAGAUGUAGCAGAUGCAGCCAGAGACGCUUUUGAAUCAGCAGCUUAUGCGGCUGUAGCUGCAAGAGCUGCCGUUGAACUAUGUAGAUCUGAGUCAAGAGAUGAAGAUCAUGAUGAUCAUCAUGGUUUGAAUCAUACACAACAAAGUGAAUAUAUUUCUGGUGGGACCUCAAAAUCUAAACAUGGAACCUAUGAGGAUGUAGCUUCAGAGAACCUCAAGUCCUCGGAUAGUGGAUUUGGUUUUGACAAGAUCCAUCCAGUUGAUAGCUUCUGCCCCAAGUCAGAAGACGAAGACACCCCACAGAAUAGAAGAAAAAGACAGCUCAAAGACUGGGAAAGGAGCUACAAGAAAGAAGAACUAGGAAGAACAUUCUCUAGUUCAAGUUCGGAUACAGACAUUGAUAAUCAGUACAAUGGAGAAGUGACCGCAAAACUAGGUCAGACUUCACCAUUGAGUGAGGAAAUAGUUUUCGACGAAAGUGAUGAGGAUACUGAGAAUAAUAGAGACAGCAUACCAUGGUUGAAGCACAACGAUUCGGGUUCAAAUAUGAAGUGUAACCUACCCAUGAACAAAUACCAAAGGAACAUGAGGUAUGAUGCAGUUGCAGAUGAAAGCUUCUCAGAUAAGGGAUACAAACCUCAUGGCCAAUCUCUAAAAUGGAAACCACUAAACCCUCAAGCUGAUCUCAUGAAAUAUUCUGCAGACGGGAGUCACGGGACAUCUAGGUUUGGAACUACGCGUUACUUGAAUGCCGAAAAGCAUCUACAUUCACGGCAUUCAAAUACAGAUAGGAGCCCAACUUCAACUCUCGGUAAACAAGUACACAGGGACUCGUACAUGCGCGAGCAAAAUGGGAAGCAUUUGUUGUAUCCCCCGAAAAAGCUGUCUAAAUAAUUUUUCUGAGAGCCGAAGCAUUGAUUUCAUGCUUGCUUCUCUUUCUUCAUUUGUAUCUAUGCGAUAAUAAAAGUAUAAGAAUAACAGCUUCCAAUUUUUUUUUUUCA